UAUGGCGCCAAAAGAGUUUUCAAGCUGAUGAUAAGAGCUGAUUUUUCUCUGUGUUGUCUUUUUUUUUCCUCUUCUAGGGGUGGGAGGAGAGGUUGCAAGACAAGACCCGCCUGUGCAUUUGUGCAGAGCAGUGUGCACGUACAGCGGGCAGAGGAGUGGAAGCGAGGCAACGCAGUAAGUGAAGACGAGGAGAGCUCAAUGUUUUAUUUUUGAAGGAGGGACGUUGCGAAACUGGCUGGCGAUCUUUUCUGACUCAUCGUUUGGAAAUAAAGCAUCCUUUUCUUUUUUUUUUUUUCUUUUUUUUUUUCUUACCCCUCCUCCUCCUCCUCUAGCCUCUCCGUCCCCUCCUCCCAUACCGCUGGCACUGGAGAGGAAAACACAGUCGGAUUUUGACACCACGUUUGGGCUGCUUUUGCAAAAUGCGACAUGCUUUCCUGUGAGCGGUAUGUUGUGCGCACCUCGCAGCCUGCUACACCGUGAACAGCGGCAGGACCAGCGGCGGCACCACUGUGUUUGUUGUUGUUGACUUGUAAAGGCUGCAACUUAGUCUGACUGCCACUUUUGGAUUUUAUUUCGGAUUUUGGACUCGGUCGUCGGUCUUCGCGGAGCUGACGCGCUGUCAACGCGCACCGUGAGGGGAAGGGAAGGGAGGGGAAGGGACAGUCCUGUCACCCAACGUGGAUUCAGAGUCGGGGCUGUUUAGCAGCACUGCUAGCUGCCUGCCAGGGCACUGAGUGGGCAAACUGAACUAGUGCUAAACCCUCCACUGUGAAACUACAUGUGCCUGGCUCCCAAUGAUCUCCUAAUCUCUGGGAAUCGGCCGCCGUCCAGGACUGAGGACGUCUCUGCACCCGAAGCUGACUGCGAUCAAGAUGGAGAGCGAGAAGAAGAGGAGAAAAUACUCCACGAGCAGCAAUGACUCCGACACCACCGACAGUCAGGUGACCUCGUGGUCCAGGUCAUCCAAGAAUACGGGCACCAGCAGCACAUGGGUCCGUCACCAGCACAAGAAACCAUCAGAGGUGUUUCGUACCGACUUCAUCACGGCCAUGAAGCUGCCGGACUCGGCCCAGCUCGGCCCGGACGACUUCUACGUGCUCUCAGACCCCUGGAGGCAAGAGUGGGAGAAGGGAGUACAGGUCCCCGCCAACCUGGAGGCCAUACCAGAGCCUGUGGUCAGGUUGCUGCCGGAGUCGACAGGCGGCCUGUCCAGCAACAGACAGGAGAGGGAGGGUGACACCCAGCCUCCUCCCACCCAGCUCUACAGUUGCUAUGACCUGGAUGAUCUGGAUGUUGCCUGGCUGGAGCUGGUAAACCAAGAGUUCAGACAGAUGGCCUUACCAGAGCUGGACGAGCUGACGAUGGAGUGUGUUCUGGUCGAGCUGGAGAGCGUGUGUGAGGAGAAGAUGCAGCAAGCCAUCGAGACGGAGGAAGGUUUGGGCAUCGAGUACGACGAGGACGUGGUGUGCGACGUCUGCCGUUCGCCGGAGGGGGAGGACGGCAACGAGAUGGUCUUCUGCGACAAGUGCAACGUCUGUGUUCAUCAGGCGUGUUACGGCAUCCUGAAGGUACCCCAGGGGAACUGGCUGUGUCGGACCUGCGCUCUGGGCGUCCAGCCCAAAUGUCUGCUCUGCCCCAAGAGAGGGGGGGCCCUGAAGCCCACCCGUAGUGGAACCAAGUGGGUCCACGUCAGCUGUGCCUUAUGGAUCCCUGAGGUGAGUAUAGGCUGUCCAGAGAAGAUGGAGCCCAUUACCAAGGUGUCCCACAUCCCUGCUAGCCGCUGGGCUCUGUCCUGCAGCCUGUGCCGAGAACACACAGGAACCUGCAUACAGUGCUCCAUGCCCUCCUGCAUUGUGGCCUUCCAUGUGACGUGCGCCUUCGACCAUGGCCUGGAGAUGAAGACCAUCCUGGCUGAGAACGACGAGGUGCGCUUCAAGUCUUUCUGCCUGGAGCACAGCUGCACUGCCAGCAACAGCAGUGCAACCAGCAACAACACCUCCAGUUCAACCAGCGUCAGUAACGGUAACAGUAACCACACCGCCGUUUCCACUACCAACGGAACACACAGCGCAGCCAGACCUGACCGGCUCUCUGCCGGUGUCGGUUCUGAGCUCCGGCCGGACCAGCAGCACCAACCGAACGGCAGCAGUGACCCGGAGCAGAGGUCAGUAUCGUACCCGGUCUCUGUGUCAGCAUCAGAGCGAGCCGAGCGGGACCAGCUGGAGAGAGAGAAAGUGAGCCAAAGGAAACAGAAGCUCCAGGAGCUGGAGGACGAGUUUUACCGACUGGUGGACCCAAGAGAGGUGGCAGAAAACUUGGGGAUGCCCAUCUCCCAGGUGGACUUUCUGUAUCAAUUCUGGAAGAUGAAGAGGAAGGCCAACUUUAAUCGGCCUCUGGUGACCUUAAAGAGGGACGAGGUGGACAACCUGGCCCAGCAGGAGCAGGACGUCCUCUACAGACGCCUCAAACUCUUCACACACCUCCGACAAGACCUGGAGAGGGUGCGUAACCUGUGUUACAUGGUGACACGGAGGGAGAAAAUGAAACACACCCUGUGCGACCUCCAGGAGAAGAUCUUCCACCUGCAGAUACAACUACUUGAAGAGGACAUGGCUGGAGAGAAAACCCAGAAGGGAGAAAAGAGGAAGCAGAAUGGAGUGAAGGAGAAAGGGAAGGAGAGGAGGAAGAGUAGUCCUGAGAAGAAAAAGGAGAGAUGGAAGUCAGAGAACGGCUCCCUGCUUAAAGAGCUAGGUGUGUCAAAGUCCUUCCCAUUGGACAACUCUUUGUUCGACAGCUGGCUCGCCCAGUCGGUUCAAAUCACCGCUGAUGAUAUGCUGAGCCAGUGGGCUCUGGGUGCCCAGCAUGGGGACAAGAGUGGCAGCCUGCUCUCCGACCAGCUCCUGCAGGGGGAGGAGAGCCUGCUAAACCUCAUGAUGGAGAACUCCAUGCAGUCCACCUGGAAAACACCCCAGCUGGGCCGCAAACCACGAGGGAACAACAAGCCUCGUGCUCGUGGACAACCCACCAGCCCCACCCAGCCCCAGAUGCUUCUCUCUGCAGCGGCCGCUUCCGCUGCCAGCAGCCAAUCCACUGCAAAGAGCCUCUUGGGGAGUGUGGCGGAGGAAAAGCCCAGUCAUGUGGGCCGGAAAGGAGAGAGGUCCAGGGGCUCCUCCAAGGCCCUGCACCACCACCACCUUCAUCACCACCAGACCAGGAGCUCUGACCUGCAGGGGGACCCACCACCACAGCCACCCAUCUCCAAAAUGGAUUCCUGUCACAUCUCGGAGGACCGCGGCCCCUGGGACAGCAUCCACGCAGGGAAUGGUGUUGCAUCAGGGGCUGGAUCUGUUUUCACCACAAGUUCAUCUCCGCCUCCGGCCUCCAGCCCUGGGGUCACAGUUCCUGACACAGGGGCGAUCCUUCGUGGCGGGGCUCCACGGGUCCGUGUGCCCCGCCAGGGUAAAUCAAGAGGCAGGGGUGUCAGUGGAGGUGUAGGGGGGCUGGAGUCCAUGGACCUGCCUCUCACAGGAAAGGACACAUCCCUGCUGGACGCUACCGAGACUGACGGGUACUUCUCUGACGGCGAGCAGAGCGACUCGGACACACGCUCUGGCGGACGCAAACUCCGCUUGCCACAGUUGCAUUCUGGGAACGAGGACCUGUUGAGAAGGAGCGUGUUGGCAUCCUAAGGAACUAAGACUCAAAUCAACGCACACAAACACAGUUAUCCAAGCAGAGUCCCACUGGCUAAUUGUUUCUCCAUCUGUGCCCAGUAUACAGUCUACAAAACAUGGCUUGAUGGCUUUGUUCAACCAAAUCCCUGUCACAUUUACCAAUGGAAAAUCUCUUCAGCUCUUACCUGCUUUGUUUUUGAGAGGGGGGGGAUUUGAAUGUAGCCGUUUGCCUGUCGUACAGUAAAGCUUCUCCACCGGACCGUAGUUUAGUAGGUAACUUCAAGACGCGAUACAUUCAACAACUAGGAAACAAACAUUACAUUUAGUCCCUUUUUUUUUUGUUUUGUGUUUCAGAUUUCUUUUGUUUCUGGGCGUUGACGUACCCGGUUCUGGCCUCAUGUCUGUGGUAUCUACCAGACUUGGGAACAAACACUUUGGGGCAUUAUUAUUAUUAAUAUUCUUCAAGUUGGUUUCAGGGUCUGCUUCACUUUUGGUCUUUUAUGGCCUGAUAUACAUCCAACGAGUCCUUGUUUUCUUGAACAUAUUCAAUGAAAAGACAAUGUCACACCAGAUUUGUUCAAAAUAUGUGUGGGGAUUACGUGGGAUACCAUGUAUUCAGCCUUGAAAAGCACAACUAGCUAGUCAUAAGAGCUGUAAUGUAAGCACUUGUGUGUAUAAUAGAUGCUCAUUCAGGGUUGGGGUCAAUCCUCAUCAUGUUGGCUCAGUUUCAAAAUGUACAGUGAUUUCAUUCUUCAAAUUUAUCUUCAUAGUCAAAAAAAACCAUCUCCAGCUUUUCCAAGUCUUGAGUAGUAAACAGAUUGACCCCAACCCUGGUGUUCAUUCAGAUUGUCACACAGAGACACAAACACACAGACAUACAGACAUACAAACUACCAUAAGCAAAUCCCUUUGCUCACAUCACAGCCGUUGUUGAUAUAUUUGGUCUGACUUUUGUCAGCUGCUUUCAAAUUCUUCCUAAUUAUAAGUUCUUUUUUUUUUUUAGCCUCAAUCUUUGGAGAAAAAUCAUUGUAGAAACUCUGUGCCUUCUGUCGCUCGCCCUGUGCCCCUGCCUCCCCUCAAAACCCCACACACCCCACCUUCUUAAUCAACCAAACAAUCAGUAAGUAGAUCAAUGAGUCGUUUUUCAAUCGGAUUUGUAACAAUCAAACCAAAAGGUAAUCCAGUCACAUUGGUUACCGGGUGUAGCCAGCAUUGGGCUCCUUGUCACCUUAACAAUUGUCUAGUGCCUGAAACAAGGAUGUAAAUGCAGCGUUUGCCAUUAAUCAACAAAGCAUCUGCAACAGUUAGCAAAGCAGAGCCAUACCGUAUUAUCGGUGCAAAGAGCUGCCUACUGUUCUGUGCCCCCAUAACUAGAUCGCUGCAGUCCAGAGCCAUCGAUGAACAGAGUUUGGCCAGGCUGCACCGUGUGCACCUGCCUCUGUGAGACAGCUGACAGCAACCAUAGAUACAUGUGGACAACAGAAAAUAAAAUAGUAGCAUGCUAGUCGAUUCUGUCAAGUUUUGUAUUUUGAGCAGCCUGUUUCCUCUGAUAGCCAUCAAGUCAAUGGUAUUAAUCCAUAAUGUUUCAUUAUUCAAACUGCGCAUGUAAAAAUAUGCCCAAAAUUUGGGCGAAAUCACAUAGGGGGGGCAGAAACACACCAGUCUCCCAUUUGUAUCUGGUCACUGCAGAGUCUCCUCAUUUGGCAUCGGUUAAUUGAUGAAACAAAACUGGACAAAGCAUGUGACACAAUAAUCUCACCUCACAUGUCCACUUACCAACUUUUCUGGAGUUUUCGACCACUUCUCAUGGUCUUCGCUGGCUCCAGCGUCAUCUCAUGACCUAAGAGUGGAAAAACAAACAAAAUUUUUUUUUUAAAUUACAGACAGCUUGAAGGUUCUCUGAACCAUUUUCCCCUAAACCUUUGCCUUGUUCAUAUAAAACAAUCACUGAUUCACUGUGUUGGUUAACAUGAGCAUCCACUGUGCAGUUCAUCCACAUCAUUUGAUGAUUUUUGAGACACUGAAGUCUUCAAAAGCCAGUUAUUGCUGGUUACUAUGUGAGGCCACCAGGGUUUACAAUGCAGCCUUUGGGCAACAGUCAUCAAAAGAAACGAGUUACUCCUACUCAAGAUCAUCCACGUGUAUCUAUGCGAUUUAUAAUUUUGACGCCCAAUACAGUUUUAUUCGGCUAAGCAUGGAGCAGUUUUAUGGCACCAGUAUGGCAACCACUGAAGUUUGACGGGGCCAAGCUCUCGACACUGAUGGCUCUGCUGCACCUUUUCCUCCUGUUAGUUGAAUGACAAUGUAAUAAUCAGCUUCAGAGGCCUGCGCUCUUAAGUUCAAGAAUUGAGUUGUUUGUAAAUUUGUUUUUAAAAAAAAAUAACUUUUUGUUGUUCUCUCAGAGAGUUGUAUUUUGUACUUAAGCAGUCCAUGGUAUUCUCAGGGGUUAAAAAAACUUUUAAAAAAGAAGAAUAAAAGGUUAAAAAAUUUAUCGAAAAAGCGACGCAAGACGUAGAUACAUAUAUAUAUAUACAUAUUUUAUAUCAUAUACAAUAUAUAUAUAUAAAGUGAUGUGUGUAUGUCUAGAAACUUCCUUAUUUGGCAAGCUUCACUGUUUGAACUCCUACAUGACUACUACUGAGCAUGCUCCUUCUCUCAGUGUGACCAUUAGACCAUCAGCCCUGGGUUCACCUGUCUCAACCAAUAAUUAAUGCUCAUUUUAACUUGUCACCAGUUACCAGAUGACCGGGAGAGGUCAGAUAAUAUUGACUUGGUGGUCAACUACAAGAAGGGACUUUCUUUUCAUUCACUUACCUUUCUUGCAGCUAAGAUCCCACCCAUCUGGGGCCAAAUUGGGGUGAAAUAAGUGAUUUUUAAGGGCUGCUUUACCCAGGUCUGAUGAACAGACAUUUAAAUAGAGGUGCAAGUCCAAUCUACUUCCUCUGUUUUUUUUUUCUGUGUCGACAGCUUCUAACCUGUCCUCUGAAGUGACCACACCAAAGAACAGAUCUGUGUAUCAAAGCAGCAUAUUUACACCGUAUCUACAAAACACAUACACAUGCUCCGUCUCUGGUUUUCAAGAUGAAAAAUGUUAAGAUAAGGAAGUCAAACAACUCUGCCAGCGCUGUCCAAAUCGGUUCGGUUAGAAACACUGUAAGCUCAGGCACGGUGCCGUGGUGUUGUGUGAACCCCUUUACUGGCGCUGAUAAUUCUAUUACACCACCACCAAUAAACUGAACCUGAAUUCUCCCCGAUCUGCAUUCAUGGGGGUUCACACAGAAAAGCCUGUCAAUGGCUGGCGAUGGUCCGUAAACACAGACUCACACAUAUAAACCCCCUUCAGAAAAAGCCAAAUGCUGCUUAACUGAACACACAACAUACAGCUCACACACAGACACACACACCAGAGCUGGUACAACAGGGUUAUAAUGUACAAGAUGACUAGUUUUUUAUGUAUAUGUGGUCCUGACUGCAUCAGGAAGCAUGAGCUUACUCAGAGUGAAACGCCCCCUAACAGCAGGAGAGUAUUAGUACAGGUGACAGUCACUGUCUCUUUUGUCCUUCAGGUGUAGCCAUCAUAGAAGAUUCAUUGUUAGUCUGCCACACUCUCUUUUGGGACAGAGAGGCAAAGUCUGUAAAAACCCUCUUUUAAAAGGUGGGCGGGGGGGGGGGGGCGGUUUGAACUACAACAGCAUAAAUACAGGACAGGUGGACGAUUCUGGGCUUCUAUGUUGGCUACCACUUUUACAAUUCACAUGGAAACUGAUCAUAACAACACAGACAACAACAAUAACCGUAACAAAGCUUGUGUUAUGAAGUGAGGAUGUGGUGAAGUAUCAUUACGGUCCACAGAAUCCUCCGCUGGGUGGUUAUUACCAUUCAUGUAUUGCUAAGACAGAAAAAUGUAAUCUUGGUUUCAAUAUUCAAUGUUCAGAGUAGCCUGACUUUGUAGACAGUGGUAUUAGAUAAGGCCUCAACAUGUGCGGCCUUAACAUGUAGUAGCAAAUGCUAAGGCUGCACAGUGCUGACAAGAAAAAACAUGAAUUUCCUCUGCAGAAAGUUGUGGAGGUGGCUAGGUGAGUUAGACUGGCUGUUUCUAAAGAUCCUCUCUCAUUUGCAAGUCAGCGUUUAACCCAAGAUCAGCACUGUAAUACCUUCUCUGGCAAAUUGCCAUUUUGAUUAAUUGCAGUUUCAGGGGUUUUUUUCCUGGACAUUGUGCAGCCUUAGCAAACACAAACUGGUUAUUAUUCUAUAUUUACAGUGUGGCUUCAAUGCCCUCUCCUUACGCUUCGUAGAUACUGUAGACUGGAGUCUUUUGCAGGUUCUUUUUAUCAAUAUCCACUAGAAUACAACUUCAAAGCAUCACUGUCCUGUGUGUGGUACACUGGUGUGGGUGUUGGCUCACAGCCCGAAAAAGUGCUCUGAUGAUCUUUGAAUUUUGCAACUCUGACAGGUCAAAUAUCCACGAUAUGAGAUUGUGUAUAUUUUUCCUCUCUUUUCCAUAUUUAAUCUUUAAUGGUGUUUAAAUUUUUUGCGUCAAAGUGAAGCAUCAGUGUCAGUAUCAGCAGAAAAAACUGUGAAAUAUUGGAGGUUACGUCUUCUGUGCCUUCUUACCAUUUAGAGUGCAUAGUUAAGACAUUAUGCGUAAUGGAUAAAUAUACAACUAUACAGUUUUCUAAGUGGUGAGCUGGUGCAUGUGUCAGAAACAACACUCUCCCCCAGGUGUUGGCAUGAAUGCUACACCACAGAAAUAAGCUGGUGGGCAUUGUGCAUGUAGUGGCAGGUCAGAAACACACCUACACAGAGAUGAAUUCCUAGACUUAAGCUGAAAAGCCGUUCAAAGGCCAACACUGAUUGCUGCAGGUAAUUGGAACCUCGCCCACAAUUCACACAGCUGCUGUCUACUGUACCGACACUGUUGUAAAAUUCCUUGGAAAGACAUCACUGCACCAGCAGGGCUGGGUUCCUCAGAACUUCCUCAGCUGCACAAAGAUCAUGUUUAAAGCUUUUUAUUAGCAGAGAGGUAGGUUAGGGCCAUCCACCAAUAAAAUGCUGGGAAAUUUUGGUGUACAAGCCAAUAUGUGCUUGACUUGGAACAAAAAAAAAAAAAAAAAAAAAACCUUUAAAUUCCAAGUGUUACUCCUGGUGGACGAAAGUUUGAUUUCCACUAUUUUAAGACACAAAGUGAUAAAUGCGCUGAUGUGGUUUUGGGGAACCAGAGGGGCAUCAGAAUGCUGUUCAUACAAUAUCUCUUUUCCUCUGUGGUUGCUCCUUUGUCCAGUAAGAAAGUGGUUUGAGGCUGUCGUCAGGUCAGUGAAGCCUGGAUUGGCCAAUGCUUAAAACCUUGAUGCCCCAACUUCACUCUCAGGCCAGGGUUUCUAUUUUCCCACGGAAUGAGCUUUCAAUCAAAGUAGUCUGGGGACACGAAAUACCUGCUGGGCUCAUGUGAAAGCAGUCAUUAUCUCUGUAACAAAGGUCAAUGGGAAUUACUGCUAAUACACCUUGUUGCAGAUUAUGUACAUUGGAUUUUCUUGAAAAGCCUAGAAUCCAGAAUCGAAAUCUUGAUGAAAGUUUUAUUUAUUCUAAAUCCGUUUGGAAAUGCAGACUUCCUUAUGUGAUUGAGUGAGACCCGAUGACUGCUUAGUACUUUCUGUUUCUGAUAUCAUUGACAGUCCUUGCUUUAAUGUCCUACGCCAGCCAUACAAACCCACCCACCUACCUACCUACCUACCGCUGGAGUUUAUAUACAUCUACAAUUAUGUAUAAUACUGUUCAACUACUACUAGAGACAUUUUCAUUUUCCGUGUUUUGAAAAAGCCUUUGUAAGCUGUUUUUUUUUUCUUUUGUAACGCUUUAGCUGGCCACCGUGGCUCGUAUCAAACUAGAAAGCUGACUCAUUAUCUGCUUCCUCUGUUUUUACUGGCGCUUUGCUCUCCUCUCUGUUACAGCAAAGUUAUGGCUUCAAGGUCUCAACAUCCACAACCCAGACACACUGCACAGAUUGGAGCUUUAGUCAUACAAACUCCUUUCACAGGCAGAGCUACUGUGGAGGCAGAAUCAAGCUCAUUUGUCGAAUUAAAUCUAAAUUGGUGGAAUCAAAGAGCCACAGUGAUUUGAAUCAGAGGGCCUUUAGUUGGUCAUUCAUAGUGUUGAAAGAUAACUGGUAUGCCAAGAUCAAUACAGGAAAGUACAGUCAGUAUAAACUCAGAACGUCAGUUAGGCAGACAAGUUAAACUAGGAGCAUUACAACUAUAUUACCACCAUAUGUACAUGUAUACCAAAAGCAGUGCUUUGCAACUGUUUUGAUAAUCAUGUAAUCGUUUAAGUCUAUUUUAGAGUUGCAGUGAUAAGUCAAGGAAUUCAUUAGACAAAUGACAAAAAAAUGAAUCAACUAUUUUGAUAACUGAAUAAUCUUUUUUUAAGCAACUUUUUAAGCAAACGACGACAUCACCUUGAGCUGUGAGAAAUCGUAAUAGGUAUUUUUCAGUAUUUUUUGAUAUUUUAUAGACAAAAUAAUCAGCAUAUUAAUUGAUGAUGAAAAUAAUUAGUUUUAGCCGAAGUAACUUUUCAAACAAAAAUGCCAAACAUUCCCCAGUUACAGCUACUCAGUUAUGACGGUUUUCUGCUUUGUCUUAUAAAGUAAUAAACUGAACUGAACUGAAUAAACCGAAACCAGCAAUCUGAUGGGCUCACCUUGGGCUGAAGGAAGUGGUAAUGGGAAUUUUUCAUGAUUUUCAGGCAGUGACAUUCAACAAAGAUCCUUGCGAAAUAGGAAUGUUGUGCUUCAUGUUUACCCCUGAGACCAGAUCAUUUAACAGCACGUUCUAAACUACCAAUUUCACCGCCUGCCAAUUUCUAAGAAAUACACAAAUCACAGUAAUCCCGCAACGAGGCUGCCAAGGUUGCAAACGAUUAAUCCUUUGGUCUGUGAAAUGUCAAACACAUGUUUUGAGAGCCCAAGGAGAUGUCUUCAAAUGCUUUGUUUCAUCCAACCAAUGGUUCUAAAUUCAGUUUGGAAUUAUAUGAAAACAGAGAAGCAGCAAAUCUUCACAUUUAAGAAGCUGGAACCAUAUUUACAGUUUUCGCUUGGGGAAAUAACUAUAACAAUGAAUUGAUUAUCAAAAUUGUUUCCAAGUUCAUUUUCAUUCGCUCAAAUUAUGAAUUAAUCAACUAAUUGUUUCACAUGACUCAUCGGCUUCCUGAGAAGUUAGAGCUUUCUCAGCUGCUGAUAGCUGUUUUCCAUGUGUAUUUUCAUGUUAAAGGUUGAAAGAAACCUGAAGAAGCACACGUCUAAAUUAUGUCCUCCUAUUUUUUUUUUUCUUUUGAGAUUUCAGUUGGCUUCGGUGCAGUAUCACAUAGGUAGAUACACUCUGUGUCUGGCUCCACUAAGGUUCAACACAAUGAGAUUACUUCUGCCUCCAGAGCAGAUUUAAGAAGUGUUUUUAAGACUAAAUCUCCCAUCUGCACAAACUGCGCACCUUACUCUGCCUCCGCCAUCCAACAUCCUCCCUGUUUGUUCCUCCUCCUCUCUCCAGCAGCAAAGUCCCCCCUGCUGCUCCAUCCUGAAUCCCCAAAAGCACCCCUCCUGUUGUAUCCCUCCUGUCCACAACUCCUCUCUCCUCCUCUCCUCCUGUCCGCUGAUCAGCCUCCUUUGGACAGGACAUGGCUCUUUUUGAAUCACAUAUAAAGCAUAGGACUAUCCAAAAAAAAAAAAAAACAAAAAACAAAAAAAAAGUAAAAGAAGAAAAAAGGAUUUCUGUAGCUUUAAG